AUGGCUGACGACGAUUCUUCCGACUUGUCCUCUCUCUCCUCUCUGUCCCCUGUUCCCUCAGAGGACGAGAUGGAGGUGCAAUUGAAGCCCGAGAAAGGCAUUCUCAAGUUCUUCCACAGGGCGCCCAAGGGGGCGACUGCGCCGGCCAGAGAACAGUCACCGCCAGCACCCAAGAGACCUCCCUCCCCGCCCCAUGAGUACGUUCUGGCUGACAACCCGGACAUUGCUUUCAUUGUCAUGUUUCGCAACCGCUUCAACGACGCUUUCCCCAAGAACCUGGCCAAUUUUGGACCGCAAGAACUCGAGCGAGACAUUGCAGACUCUGUCCCGGGAGAGCGCGUUGAGCACUUCCUUUGCGCGCUGCUGAAGCUCCUGCUCAACCGCCAGCAGGACGUCAAGCCUGGCCACUACAAUCGCGCUCUGGAGGAGGCUGUGCAGACCAACAAAUCGCAAUGGGUUACGUCCUGGCAAGAGUCCCCGCUCGCGGGCGGCAAGACCUUUGCCUCUAUGACCCCAGUGGAGAGGCUCACGCUCCUUCGAGCUCUCGUACUCUGGACCCUAUCUUCCUGCCGCGCAGUACGCGAGAUCAUCGAUCACGGAUAUAAGGGCAAACGACAAGAGGACGAUUCAAACAUUCCGUUGUCGGUUCAGCCCUGGGGUUCGGACAGCGACAAGCGCCGAUACUUUUUAAUUGAAGGCCAAGAUGACACCAACUUCCGAAUCUACCGCGAGAGCAACCCUGCGGGAUUCACAAGGACAUGGUGGAGCGUGGCUGGCUCUAUCGACGAACUCAGGGCGCUUACCGAAAAGCUCACCACCGUUGAUGGCAGCCCCAAGGCGAAGAAGUUGGCAGCCAAGUUGAACGACGAGAUCCCGAGGUUUGAAGCUUCCGAGGAGAAACGGAGGCGCCGAGAAUACCGCUUGAUGCGCAAGGAGCAGUUCCGGCGUCCCGAGCCUGGCUUUUCGCUGUACGAGGGGAGGACUCGCGGCAAGCGCAUGAAGUAUACCUACUCUGAUGAUGAGGAUUUCCUGACAGACUCUACCGGAUACCGGCGGUCUGCUCGCAACACGCGCAACCACACCCCGGCAGAGCCCUCUGGACCCGUCACAACUGCCAGCGGUAGACAGAUCAGGGCUCCAAACCGCCUCACGGCUGAAGAUUUGAGCACUGGCGGCCCCAGUGCAUCGGCCAGCAUCCAAGGUGAUGCAUACGAUGAGGAUGUAGAUAUGGAAGACAGCUCCAUGGGCCCUACAGGUCGCCCUCGCCGCAGCGCAGCUGUGAACCACGGUAUGAAUGGCUGGUCCGUAGCCAAACCGAAAGAGGAGGAGUAUGACUCCGAAGCGGAAGAUGAAGACAGCGAGCCUGACUUCGGUGACGAUGAAGACGAGCACGUCCCCGACGACAGUGACGACGAGGAGGAGGAAGAGUUCGCCGAAGAUCGCGAUGCCCUUGAUGACGAGGAUCGCGACCUGGCUGACAGCCCCAAGAGCUUUCUUGUCAAGCUUCCUGUCAAGGCGCGGUAUGAUGAGGACUCGGGCAGAUGGCUCAAGAUGCCCACCAAGAGACUGGUACAGAAGUCCCAGUUGGUUGAUCAAGACGCUACUGAAGGGUCCGCGAGUGAUUCGGGAAGACCUGCAGACACACCGACUCUUGCCUCGGAGCCUGAGCACACGGCCGAGUCGAUUUCAGUGGCCGUUAAGCCGGUUGCGCAAACCACCGAGCUUGAGCAGCCAAGUAUCACCGCCACGGCGACUGCUCAGGGACCUCAGACCGAUGAAUCCAAGCCUUCAGCUCCCGGAACGGCGGCUACAGACAUGGUCCAACCCGCUCCACAGCCAGACACCCAUUCUACAUUGGCACAGACACCAGAGCCUGAUGGGUCCAAGGUGCCGACAGAGGUGAAACCCGUCACCCCGGCAGACCAGGCAAUGACGGAAGCGAAGUCUGCUGCCACUCCCCUGACACCUUCCAGCGGUGCGCCGACCAACCUGGCGUUCAGAAGCCCUGAGAAGCCGCCUCAUGUCUCGCAGCCGAUCGACGUCGGCGGCAGCAACACCGACUUUUAA